CAGUAAUCCUCUACAACCACCACCAACUAACUGCCGCCGAUGGAUGUGAGGAGCGAGGAUGCUGCGACAGCAACCACCGCUGUCACUGGCAAUUCCCAGCAAGAACCCGAGCCAGUGCAGCAGCCAGCGCAGCAGCAAGAGCAGCAGCGAGAGGAGACACUGGGCUUGCUGACACAUGCCUAUGUUCGACACGGCUGGAAAGUUGUUCGGCCGCGGCGGCUUUCGCGGGCCAUGCUUGACGCCGUGUGCACGUCACUGGGCAUGGAUGUCACUGGCGAAGUGAGUGAGGGCUCCUUGUUCAUAUCCCACCCAGCUUUCUACUUGGAGGUGCACGUGGACCCGAAGACGCACUUUGUCACCAAAGUCGACAUUGGCCAUGAUGUCCAAGAUGCAGUGGAGGAACCGCUGCUCCUGUUCUUCUUGGCGAACGAAGGCUUUCAGGGGUUUGGCAGCUACUUGCGCCCCGUGACACAGUUUUAUGAUUCGUUGCGCAUCCACAUCACGGAUGAUGGUGCGCUGGAGGAAGCGCGACGCCAGCUGUAUGCGGCCCUCACCAACCUGCGCCAGUAUGUCGAUAGGGAAGCCUGUUCCCUUUCUGCGGCCACCGCGGCCAUUCCCUUGACCAACGCCGCCGCCAUCAACAGCGCCACGGGCAGUGGCACCAGCGAUGGCACUGGCGACAACAACAACAGCAGCAGCAGUAGUAGUAACAGAAGCAAGAGCAACAACGCGCGACACACGCCAGCAUCGAACAUGCGCGCUGGUGUCGCGCAGCUCCGCUCCCUCAUCUCCACAGGCCUUGGUCUCACAACCACUCGCUUCACAGACUUUCGGACGUUUGGACCGGCCCUGCUGUGGUAUCUCUCGCCCCAGCAGCAGAGCAUCCUGCACCACCCGCGCAUCGCUCUCUCGCGCACAGGUGUGGAGAAGCAGCUGCCUGAGUGCGCAUGUGUGUGUCUGGUCGGAACGCGCUGCGUUGCCGCUGAUGACACGUGGGGAUUUGCAUGCACAAAUCUCGCCACGCAAGACGGCUCCAAGACCCCGUUCCCUGCCCAGCACUUCCUUCGCUUGACUAAGCCCGUCAUCGUCCCCUCCCACUUGGUGUCGGACUUGGCGGCGGUUGCAAAGUUGGAUGAGUCCGUGUUGAGAACAAAGCUGCCCUCACAGCCUAUCCUUCCCCAAGCUACCCCAACACAGCAGCAACACGUGGUUGGCCAUUACUUCGUGAGCAUACACGCGGACGAGUCCACCACUUCUUCAACCGGCGCUGUUGUGCAUGAACUGCCCUUUUCCUCACCAGAACAACUACCACCACUCCUCCAAAUACUUCGGCAAAGCGUUGCGUUUUGCGCGCUACUCAAAUCUGCGGUGACACCGUCGUCUCUCGUGCAAGGGUUUCCAAAGCGAUCUGUAAAGAUGACACUCGGUACUGUCGGCUCCGUGCUCACGCUGAAGCCACAAGACCCAGCAACAAACCGGCAGCCAAGCGUGACGCUUGAGGUUCGCCGUGACGGCGCUGUUGACUGCACAAGCGAGACAACGGCUGUGCCAGCAACGUUGUCCGAGGUUGCAUCAGCUCACCUCAGCAUUCCACACAUUCUGGCCAGUGUGCUCACCCAGAGUGAAGAGACCUCCCUGCAGCACCAGCACCAGCAGUCAGGUGAUGAUGGUACAAUAGCAGCGUCCACGGCGAGGGCAAAACGCACAGCUGCCGAGGCGGAUGCGUCGGUGUGAUGCCACACACUCUCUGGCCUUCGCUGUUCUCUCGAUUUGCUUCCUUCUUGAUUGCUGACCGUUUCCACUGUUACAUGAUGUCUUGCGUGUGGAGCACUUGAGCUCAGUGUUGCGGCCGUUCCUCUUGUAUAUCAGUGCUCUCUCGCUCAAUACACGAUUGCCGUGGCGCCAGCUGGUUCGUGUCAAUGCAAAC